AUGGACUAGUCAAAAGAAUUUCCCAUCAAUGUAGCUUAUAUGCAUGGCAGUGAUAGAGGGCAUAGCUGUGGAUAUUGCAAAAAUAAAACAGGAAGCUUUACAUAUGGAUUUGAUACCACAUAAAUGAAACCUGAAGUUUAUAAAAGCUUAAUGGAUUGCGGCUGGAGAAGAUGUGGAUCAUAUUUUUAUAAACCAGAUUUGUUUAAAAGUUGUUGCAAAUCAUACACAAUUAGGAUGAAUGCUACUUAGUUUUAAAUCAAAAAGUCAUAGAAAAAAGUGAUGAAAAAAUGGAAUAAGUUUAUUUACUCAAAAAAUCCUAUAUCUAGCGAUACAAAGAUGCAAGAAGAGAAAAAAAGCUAGCCAAAGGAUUAAGAGAAAGAUAAUAAAAUGAACAAAAGCUAGGAAAAAAUACAAAAAAUAGUAAAUUAUUCAGUUUAGGAUGAGCAAUAAGUGGAAUUAAGAGAAUAAAUGAUCAGCUUGGCUUAGGGUUGUGAAGUUUCAAAAAGUUUGAUUAUCAAAGAAUUGAACAAUCCUUAAAUUCAAAUUGCCCAAGUUUCAUUUAUUAAAAAAGAGAUACUUGAUGUUUUUAAAAUAUUGCCAUCUAGGUGUCCCAAAAAAGGAACAUAUUUUACAAAUUACUUUAUGCUCUUUUUUGCAAAAAAUAAGGAAGCUUUAUAAGGCACAAAGCCUAACUUUUUUAUAGAAAGCUGCUAAGAAGUCUUGAAGCCUCUUUUUGAGAGAUUUAUCAAAGAUUUUCUUUACGAAAUAGAUUUGAAUGGAUAAAUUAACUUUUUUGAGAGAAAUCCCUCAUAUUAAAAGAGCAAAGAUUAGACUGAAUAGCAAAUUGAGGAAAAAAAUGAGGCCAAUAAUGAAAAACCUCAAUCAUCUGAACAAAAAGUUGAAGAUAAGUCUAAUAAAUCUAUAUAAAAUACAAAUAAUACUAUGCAGGUAGUAAGCUAGGAAGAAAACAAUAUGGAAAUUGAAAAUAAAAGUAUUAACACAUCUUUUAGUAAAGGAACAGUAAAAGCAAUAGAUUUUGUCAAAAAAGGAAAAUAAAAUAACAAACAUGAAGAAUCUUUCAAAGACGAUAAAGUUAAAAAAGAGUAAGAAGAAGAAGAAGGAUUUGAUUAAUUCCAUUGGGACACAGAUAAAUUCACUUCUACAGAAAUUAAAAAGGGAAGAUUAACAAUAAAGGUCCAGUUAGCUAAGUGUGAUUAACAAAAUUUCAGCAUGUACCAAAAGUACUGCAAUGAAAUUCAUGAAAAAGCAAAAGAAUCUAUGGAUGGAUUCAAAGGAUUUUUAUGUGAAAAGACCAUUUCCUUUAAUAUGAAAACCUCAGAAAUUAAUAAGGAUUAUAAACUAAUGUUAGGCUGUUUUCACAUGAAUUAUUUCUUGGAUAAUGAAUUUAUCGCAGUUGGUGUUGUUGAUCUAUUUGAAGAUAACUUAUCAUCUGUUUAUUUUUAUUAUGAUCCUAAAUAUCAAAAUUACUCUCUAGGUGUAGUGGGAGCUAUCUAUGAAAUUGAGUACGUUCAAUAGUUAAGCAAGUUUUUCCCUAAGUUUUAGUAUUACUACUUGGGAUUCUAUAUCUAAGACUGUUAAAAGAUGGUAUACAAAGGCGAUUAUGGUCCAGCUGAGCUUCUCUGUCCUCGUACCUAUAAAUGGUAUCCACUUGAUGAAAAAAUAAGAAAAUUCAUAGAAUCUAAACCAAAAGACCCCUCUUUGGCCCCACCAUAAGAAUAAAUUGAUGCAAAAAUGUCUCACACAACAAAUCUAAAAACUUUAUAAAAAUUUGUAGAAGAAAAAACAAGAACUGCUCUUUAAGGAUAGAUAAUUCCUAGCAAACAAUUCUUUUCAUUUUUUAACUAGAAUCUCAAAAAUACUUUCUUUGCCGUAGCUUCAGUUAUCGAUCAAAACUUAUAUCCAACUCUUUUGUUUAAUUUUUCUUAAAGUUGA